UAGCGUCACUUUCCCACUUCAUUUGAAAAAGAUUUUUGUGUUUUUAUUUUGUGCAAUUACUAAUUAAUAAUGUCCAGCAAUUUGGAUUUCAAUUCUUUAACAACAGACGACAUUGUGUACGAGUAUAAAAUCUUGCACACUCGUCAUCAACAGCUGAAAGAACAGAGUGAGGAAGAUGCGCAACGUAUUCACGAAUUAAAGAGGAAUUUGGACACGGCUUUGGCAGCCGAAGCGUAUCUGACCCAAGAACUUGAACAGCUCAAUGCUUGUGGAGGAGGUGGCCCAGCCCAAAAUACGCAACAUGGCAUAGAGCAAGAACUGGAUGAGAUGAGGAAAAGAUAUAAAACUCUUCUUGAAGAACAUGAAAAUCUGCAACAGGAAUAUGAUAACCAAGGGCAGGAGGUGGAAAAGUUGAAGAGCAAGUUGAAGCAAUCGGAAAAGGAUCUUGAGGGUAAAGUGGCUCAACAACUAGCCCAUGUCCAUGAUGAAUGUCAGGAACGUUUUGGAGUCUUGGAGACGGAGAAUUCCGAGUUAAUGCAAAAACUAUUCGAGUAUGAACAGGCCAAGGUGAAACAGACCUUUGAAGUCGCUGAUAAGGAGAGAAAUAUGGCCAUUCUUGAGGAUCAGGUCAGUUGUUUGGAGCAGAAUCUAAAAUGCAAACGAGAUGAAUUGGAGGAAAAAAUUCAGCUACUGGAAAGCUGCCAGGAGCAAUUGGUCGAAGCAAAUGCCAAAAUUGCAAUGCUUUCGAGUUCUCCCAAUGAGAAUGAUCGAAAGGGCAAUUCGCUAUUUGCCGAGGUCGAUGAUCAACGUCAGGCCAUGAGACAGUUGCUGGCUGCUCAAAAGAAAAGCUAUUUGGAUAUGAAGAAAGUCUAUUCCGAUAGCAAAUUUGAAAUUCAUCGCCUGAAGAGAGAGAAUAGUGCCAUGCAUAAAGAACUGGAUACGUGUAGCAACAUUUUCUGCAGUGCAGAUCGUACCUAUCAAAAUAAACUAAAUGAACGCAUUCGACAGUUGAUGAAGCAAAAUGAUAGUCUGGAGAAACAGCUUAAUAUAUCACAAAAGCGUCUGCGAGAAUUGGCUAAUGAGAAAUCGGUGACUUGGCUUGAUUCCAUGAUGGACUUUUGCAAACGCGAAACGGGUGACUUGAAGUCCCAAUUGCAUGCCCUUCGUAUACAAAAGGCCGCUGAAGAGGAACAAAUGCGAAAUGUUCAACAGCAAAUGGCAAGAUGGCGAUUCGAGUGUCUGAAAAGCCGUUGCGUUGUUAUUGAUCGGGAGAAUUUGCUGACAGAGCACAAAAUUUCAUUUAAAUCCAUGCAGGCCAUGGAGUUUAAUAUCAAAGAGGAGGAACUGAAGGUUGCUCAACCACGUAUUGUUCCAAAAAGACAUAAUCCAACUGUGUCAACUGAAAUCAUUGUAUUGGAUACGCCCAUUAAACCGAAAAUUGAGGUGAUAAAUGAACUUCCAGUAAGGGUGGUUCAACUGGAAGUGCAGGAUCAAUCAAUAAAUGAAGAUAUCAAACCUGUAGAGAUUGCCAAACCCCUUAAAAAAGGCACACCCGUAAAAUCACGUCUAGGCUUGAUGAAAAUUAAGCGUGAACAACAACUAACACACGAUGUAAACGAUUCUAAGGACACUGCAAAGGAAUCAUUUCAGACUUCAAGUCCUGGCAAAUGUGCUGAAAUUAAAAGUGAGGAUUUAGUAACACAAGAUGAAAACAAUUCCAAAGGACCCCAAGAGGAUAAACAUAUCACAAAAGAAUCAUUUCAAGCUUCAAGUGCUGAAAUUAAAAGUGAGAAUGUAGCUAUUGCCUUGGAUAAUGUUAUAAACCAGACAGAAGACGACAAAGAUUCCGGGGAGUUUAUAGCAUCGCCAUCAAAGCCACAACAAAAGGGCACACCCAUUAAGCUACGUCCGGGUCAUAAAAUCAACGUAAGACCCAACGAAGAGCUAUUUCCAGAGGUAAAACCCAAUGCAAAGGGGACUCCUGUAAAGCGACAUGAAUUGCAGCUAAGUGACAGUGAGGAAAACGAUCAAAUUUCACCUGCAAAACCUUUGCGUAAAGGUACACCCAUGAAGGCGUUAUUCUCAACAGAGGCCACAACCGAAACAGGUUGCAGUCAGGACAUACGUUCCAUUUUAAAUAAGAAACGCAACAUCUUUGGCGAUGAUACGAACAAGGCGGUUCACUUUAGCUCUUCUCAGCCCAUUGUACACCAGAUAAGUUCCUGUGAGUCUGAAGCUAAGGAGAACGAAUCGCCAAUGCAGACAACUAAGAAUGAAGACAGUAAGGACAUUAAGCCGUUCAACAAAGUGAAGCCAAACAUCAUCAGACGCAUUGUGGUGAGUUCUAGGAAGGCACCCAAAUGACAAAUUGAAAUUAAUUGAAUAUAUAUUUUUUUUAAAAAACUCUU